GACUGGGUUUAGGCUGGGUUUUCAAUUCAAAAGUGUCCUCCUCGCCUUGAAGCCGUUUAGAAGGGUGGGGUUGCUGCUCGGGGGUGUGUGCUGUGCUGUCUCGAUGGUUUAAAUCCUACACAUGCGUACUGGAUUUCGGGGUUCAAGGGAAUACGCCAUAUUGGAAACACUGUAUAGUUUAGCUAACAGUUUAUUGCUAGCGGGGGAGAAGGGCCACUGAUUGAUUCCCGUUGGUUGUGUCGGUCGUCUCGCGUAGCCCCGUUUACAGACACGUUGUCGCGGUCCGGACUCGAACUUGUGUGACAGCGCUGUUAGAAAGACGGCUUGAAUGGAUCCGAGGGUCGCUUGGAUUCAGCCGGAACAGAAAGGUCCUGCGAACGCUUUAUGGAUGCGUGUGUGGGAGACGUCUCGGGUAAACCGGACUAACACGGGUCAGCACCAGAACCACCUCUGUGUCAAUUCUCCGGCGUUCGACGUUUAUAAGACUGUCGCGUCCAAUGCGAAUAACGCCACUAACAUUAAAAGCAGCGGCUCUGCGGCUCACGCGUUAAAUGGAAACACCGGAGACGGCGAAAUGACCCAAAAGACCGGCUCGGUGGCGGAUCCGGCGUCCAGCUGCUCUAAAAUAAGGACUGCAAGCCCUAAUAUGAUCGCUGGGAAUAUGAACAAGGGGCAUCCGUUUUUUACUUGCAGCGAGAGCGUGCUGAAUAAUGUCAACCAGCAUCAUCACCCUCCUCAUCCUCAUCUACGGCACUUCCAUCAAGAGCAGCAGCAGCAGCAGAGUCGCAUGAAGCGCCACCCGUCCCAUCCGGCAGCGGUCCACAGCCACCACCAUCACCCGGGCCGGAGGAAAAGCGACAAUAAAGCCAGCACCUAUGGGAUAAACUACCUGCUCUCCAGCUGGACUAACGGCAAUUAUGACAACUCCGGCACGCCGUGGAAGACGAGGAAAUAUAACCCAGGGGUUGACGGGUUGCAUGAAGAAAUCAUGGACUUCUACAAUUUCAUGUCUCCUCGUCCUCAGGAGACCACCAUGAGACAGGAGGUGGUGGACAGGAUAGAGUCGGUCAUCAAGGAGUUGUGGCCAACCGCUGAUGUCCAGAUAUUUGGCAGCUUUAGCACUGGACUCUUUCUCCCAACCAGUGACAUUGACCUGGUGGUGUUUGGGAAAUGGGAGAAACCUCCCCUGCAGCAGUUGGAGCAGGCGCUCCGAAAACACAAUGUGGCAGAACCAUAUUCCAUCAAAGUUCUGGACAAAGCUACGGUACCAAUCAUCAAACUGACAGAUCAGGAGACCGAGGUGAAAGUGGACAUUAGUUUUAACGUGGAGACGGGCAUCAAAGCUGCUAGCUUCAUCAAAGAAUAUGUGAAGAAGUAUACCGUGCUGCCUUAUUUAAUCUUAGUGCUGAAACAGUUCCUGCUGCAGCGAGACCUCAACGAAGUCUUCACGGGAGGAAUCAGCUCCUAUAGUCUCAUCCUGAUGGUCAUCAGCUUCUUACAGUUGCACCCAAGAAUUGAUGCUAGGAAUCCCAACAUGAACCUUGGCAUUCUGCUCAUCGAGUUCUUCGAGCUGUAUGGAAGACACUUCAACUACCUGAAGACAGGCAUCAGGAUAAAGAACGGAGGCGCUUACAUGGCUAAAGAGGACAUAAUGAAGGCCAUGAGUAAUGGCUACAGGCCCUCCAUGCUCUGUAUCGAGGACCCUCUUCUUCCAGGUCCGUCUCAUAAAGACUCAGUGGAGCAGGUGGAGACAGGCACACUGCUGGGUGUAGGUGUGGAGGACCAGCAGCAGAGGGACUCGGUGUCUCCUCACAGCGCAGACUCUCCCAUGUCCCUCUCCAGCCCUCAACAGCACUCCUCUGCAUCUUCUGCAUCCUCGCUGUCAGGCAGUGAUAUCGACUCUGACUCCACACCGUAUGUCGCUCCACCUGUAGCCCCCAUCCCUCUUCAGACCCUGGCACCAGGUCCCCUGCCACCAGUGAUUCAGAUGGGCACGGGCAAAGCCAGCAUCGCGGCAGCACUCUCCAUGCCUCCGGCCACCCAGGCGAGAGUGUCAAUCCCAGGCAAUCUUUCUCUCCACGCUCUACCUGGCAGACAGGUGUGUAUGGCAAAUGGACUACCCCCAUACCUCCACAUGCUCCCCCCUGCAGUCCCCCCAGCUCCCCCCAGCCCUCUGCCCAUUCCCUACCACCAUCCCAAGACAGGUCCCAAGUUCCCUCUGAAGGGCUUCCACAAUCCCGCCGUGGUGCACAGUCCUGUCCUUUCCAACCGAGGCCACAUCCAAUACAACCGCCACACCUGGCGCCGCAGGAAGAGGGACAGCCUGCCGGCCAGUGUCAGCAGAUAAAGACCUCACGCCUCCCCUCCGGAAGCUCCCUCUCCACUCCUCGCUUCCUCUUCCACCCUUCCGGUCCCAUCUUAAAACGACGAGAACUCAUUGAGCCCUCCUACUGAUGGUGUGAGCACAGAGAGACCAGCGUUUGCAACCCAGCUCCUCGUUCAGUAGUUGUGGUGAUGGUGGUGCUAAGUAGUUCAGUCUGCCACUGAAUCUGUGCAUGUAUAUGUCGACUCGUAUGUUUUUUUUGUUUUUUGACCUGUGCAAUCUUCCUGAGGAAGCUUCAAGAACAGGAACUGUUUUUUUUGGUCGUCUACUCCACAACUUCCUGGUUGACAGGUGAAACGUUCCUUUUUGUGUAUGUUUGUGUGUGUGUUUCAUGCUCUUUUGUUUUCUUGUCCACACAUUUCGUUCUAAACGUGACACCUUUCACAUGUGGGACGAACUGGAUUCAGUGGAUUUCAAGUGUUUGUUUGUUGUAUCGGGUGAAUGUUUGUGUAACGCUGGCUUCGAAUCCUGCACUCGAGAUGCCUCCAGAGCUCCCCACUGUAUUGACUGUACACAUCAUGCAACCUUUACUUUUUUUGUUGUUUGUGCAAUAACUUCAUUUCUGUAUUUUUGUUCACUC